GAUACCGAGAGCGUUUCUAAAGUUCUUUGGCUGGAUGAGAUACAGCAAGCCAUCGAUGAGGCCAACACACACCAGGACAGAGCAAAUCAAUGGGUUACUCUGGUGAUUGACGUCAAUCAGUGUUUGGAUAGAAAUCAACCAGGUGACAUUUUGUCUGUGUUGAAGGCUUCUGCUAGUAAUACGCAAGACAUAAUUCCUGAAUGUGCCGACAGGUACUAUGAUGCCCUUGUGAAAGCCAAGCGGUCCAAAUCUGAAAAUGUUUUUAAUGAAGGUCCAUGGAUCAAAUUCAACUUGCAGGAGAACUAUGACUACUAUUACAACAUCGAUUCUAAAGAGAGUUCCUGGGUCCUACCUGAAUCAUUCUUGCCUAAAGAAUCGUGGCUCACAGGAAAAGAAAUUGAGGCUUUUUGGAAGGGCCAUAAGCAGCGGAAGAACUAUCUGCUCAGGCAGAAGUUGUUCACAGAGAAUGUUGACUCUGUUGUGAAGAUUCAGUCCUGGUACAGAAUGGCAACAGCAAGGAAGAACUACCUUUCACGCCUGCAGUACUUCAAAGACCACAACAAUGAAAUUGUGAAAAUACAGUCCCUGAUGAGAGCAAGCAAAGCUAGAGAUGACUACAAAACACUAGUUGGCUCUGAAAAUCCACCGUUAACAGUAAUCCGCAAGUUUGUGUACCUAUUAGACCAAAGUGACUUGGAUUUCCAAGAGGAACUGGAAGUAGCACGAUUAAGGGAAGAAGUGGUGACCAAGAUUAGGGCCAAUCAGCAGCUGGAGAAAGACUUGAACCUGAUGGACAUCAAGAUUGGCCUCCUGGUGAAGAACAGGAUCACACUGGAGGACGUAAUCUCACACAGCAAGAAACUGAAUAAGAAAAAAGGAGGAGAAAUGGAAAGACUGAAUAACACUGAUAACCAGGGAAUCAAAAGCUUGAGUAAGGAGAGGAGGAAAACACUAGAGACCUAUCAGCAGCUGUUCUACCUUCUGCAGACCAACCCUUUGUACUUGGCUAAGCUGAUUUUCCAGAUGCCACAGAACAAGUCAACUAAAUUUAUGGACACUGUUAUUUUCACGCUGUACAACUAUGCCUCUAAUCAACGGGAAGAGUUCCUGCUGCUCAAGCUCUUUAAAGCUGCUCUGGAGGAGGAAAUAAAAUCAAAGGUAGACCAGGUACAGGAGAUAGUGACUGGUAACCCUACAGUCAUCAAGAUGGUCGUCAGCUUCAACAGAGGUGCCCGGGGACAGAACACCCUACGCCAGCUCCUGGCUCCAGUGGUGAGAGAGAUCAUUGAAGACAAGUCCCUGAUCAUCAACACCAAUCCUGUAGAGGUAUACAAGGCCUGGGUGAACCAACUAGAAACACAGACCGGAGAGGCCAGCAAGUUGCCUUAUGAUGUGACCACAGAACAAGCCCUAACACACCCCGAGGUGAAAAAUAAACUAGAGGCUUCUAUUGAGAACCUGAGAAGGGUCACCGACAAAGUCCUGAUUUCUAUCAUUUCUUCCCUUGAACUACUGCCUUAUGGAUUGAGGUAUAUAGCCAAAGUUCUGAAGAAUUCGAUCCAUGAGAAAUUCCCUGAUGCUUCAGAAGAUGAGCUAUUAAAGAUUGUUGGAAACCUCCUGUACUAUCGGUACAUGAACCCAGCUAUCGUGGCUCCUGAUGGCUUUGACAUCAUCGACAUGACAGCUGGAGGUCAGAUCAACUCUGACCAAAGGAGAAACCUGGGGUCUGUGGCCAAGGUUCUUCAGCACGCAGCCUCCAACAAGCUGUUUGAGGGAGAAAAUGAGCAUCUCUCAUCUAUGAACAACUAUUUAUCAGAGACGUAUCAGGAAUUCAGGAAAUAUUUCAAAGAAGCAUGUAAUGUCCUUGAGCCAGAAGAAAAGUUUAAUAUGGACAAAUACACAGACCUGGUGACAGUCAGCAAGCCAGUCAUUUAUAUUUCAAUUGAGGAAAUCAUCAACACGCAUUCGCUCUUACUGGAACAUCAGGAUGUGAUUGCCGCUGAAAAAAGCGACUCCCUCAAUGAGUUGCUGGAGUCCCUGGGGGAGGUGCCCACUGUGGAGUCCUUUCUUGGGGAAGGAGCUGUUGACCCCAAUGACCCUAACAAGGAAAAUACACUAAAUCAACUCUCAAAGACAGAGAUUUCCCUUUACUUGACAAGCAAAUAUGACAUAGGGGACGGCGAAGCUGUGGAUGGCCGAAGCCUCAUGAUAAAGACCAAGAAGCUGAUAAUUGAUGUGAUCCGGAACCAGCCAGGGAACAUGUUGACUGAAAUCUUAGAGACACCAGCAACUGAACAGCAGGAGCUAGAUCACUCCAAAGACAUGGUGAGCCGUGCACUGAUAGAUUCCAGGACUCCCGAGGAAGUGAAGCAGGGACAACCAAUGAUGGAAGAUGCACAUCUGCCUCUGGAGCAGAAGAAGAGGAAAAUCCAGAGGAAUCUUCGGACACUGGAGCAGACAGGACACGUAUCAUCCAAAAAUAAAUACCAAGACAUUCUCAAUGAGAUCACUAAGGAUAUCCGAAAUCAAAGAAUCCAUCGCAAGCUUCGGAAAGCGGAACUGGCAAGACUUCAGCAGACUCUGAACGCCCUUAAUGAGAAGGCAGCCUUUUAUGAAGAGCAAAUUAAUUAUUAUGACACCUAUAUAAAAACUUGUUUAGACAACCUGAAAAGGAAAAAUACUCGGAGAUCAAUUAAACUAGAUGGAAAAGCAGAACCCAAAGGCACGAAGAGAGCAAAGCCAGUGAGAUACACUGCUGCAAAGCUGCAUGAGAAAGGUGUCUUGCUAGGGAUAGAUGACCUUCAAACGAACCAGUUUAAAAAUGUUACAUUCGACAUCAUGGCGACUGAAGAUGUGGGCAUCUUUGAUGUCAGAUCAAAAUUCCUGGGUGUGGAGAUGGAAAAAGUACAGCUCAAUAUUCAGGAUUUACUUGAGAUGCAGUACGAAGGAGUGGCUGUGAUGAAAAUGUUUGAUAAGGUUAAAGUAAACGUAAACCUUCUCAUCUACCUGCUCAACAAGAAGUUCUAUGGCAAGUGACACACCUGCAGAGAUUUCACAGGCUGUUUCAUCUGCAAGAAAGGAGUUUGCUUAGUAUUUUUGUUUUUAAACAUGAUUGAAAUCACUGCUUAUAAACGUGUGAUUUUUUUUUUAAGACCAAAACUGUUCGGAAGAAUGUACCCAUGUGCCUUUUUGCUAAUUUGAUACUACAGUAGAAUGACACACAAAAUGAAUUAACGUAAACAUCCACAUUGUAUUGUGGCAUAGGUACUCUGAUUUAAAACUCUGGGCACCCUGUGAUUUGUUUUAAAGUAGGGGGACAAGUUUAGCUGACUAGGGACAGAUGUGUACACCUAUUUUGCUAUGAAAAAUUUUAAAUGUCCCACUUGAAUAAUGUAAUUCUUCAUAGAUUUUUUUUAUCUGUGGAGAAAAAUGUAAACCUAAUGAAUUUGUAAUGAAUUAUUUAGACAUAUAGUUCUAAGCCCUGUCUUCUGGGAAUUGUCAAUUUUAAAAGAGAACUUUUGUGCAAUUCAAAAUGAAGUUUUUAUAAGUAAUUGAGAGUGAUGAUACAAUAACACUUUCUGUAUGAAAGUAUAUAUUUUAUGUGAUUUAUUCCUACUAAAUGAAAGUGCACCACUGCCUCAUAUAAAGACUCUUACCAGGAGUUUUUCAGUGACUAAGAAACACCAUGGAUACCAAUCAUAGGCCCCAUCUCCAGCCCUCACAAUUUAUUUGAAUACUUCAA